AUGGACGAGGCAAUUGGGGCGAGGGUCUUUGCGGGGAUCCAGGAAGGGACCUUGGAGGAGGUUCUCAAAGCUGUCCGCGGCAAGAUACAGCCCCCCCGAUCCAUCAAGCAGACGCACAUUCCGGCCCUCGAUGCCCUCGCCGCGACGAGUCUCCGCCACACGCAGUCCCGGACCAUCUCCCUCGCUGGCCGUAGCCUGCCGCUUCUCUACAAGAUCGUGUCGACGCUCGUGUCCGCGCCGCACUCUUACACGCUGCUCGUGCUCGACCUGGACGCCCGCUUCGAUGCUACCUGCUUGGAGACGGAGGCCUCCAGCCUCCGGCACGUGUAUGUGCAGCGGCCCGCGCACAGCUCGCCCGACCACCUGCGCAGUCUGGUCGCCGGCGCGGAGGCCUUCAUGCUGUACGACGAUGCCACGAGGCCGAGCAGGGGGCGGGAGUGGUGGGGGACGAUCGUGAUGGGCGGCCUGGCAGCGGGCGACUUGACGGCCGGGUGGAAGGGCUGGGCGAGGGUCGACAGGGCCGCCGUCACGGGGUUUGCGCCGGGCACGAGCGCCGAGGAAGCGUUGGCGCAGAGGGCAGUCAGGGAGAGAGCAGUCGAGGAGGGAGGAUGGGCCGUGAGCUCCGCGUUUGGAGGCUUCGUGUUCGGGGACGAGGGCGACGCCCACGUUUGA